AUGCUCUGGGGCUACUGGACGCAACGUCUCCUUGCCACGCACGGCAUUGAGGCAGCGACUGAAUGUGCGGAGUUUGAGGCCAACAACCUCUCCGAGGUAAAGAAGGUUAUUGAGGCUGAAAGAAUUGACUGCGACUUCGUCCUCACCCGUGCUGUCGAUGCUUUAAUGACUGACGCUAUCUGUCACCGCAUGAAAUCUGGAGUCGAAACGCUCAGAAAGAAUGGUGUCUCUGUAAUGAAAGAUGUGUACUAUGCAGAUGGCGCUGAAGCUGAACAACUAUCAGGAGUGAAGGGAGCUAAAGGCUGUCUUUCUUAUACUGCGGGUCACUUGUUCCCGUACAAGCUCGUCCUCCAUCUCUUAUCCAAAGCCAUUGACGCCGGUGUCAACUUGCAGACCCACACGCCUGUCAAUGCGGUGACCGAAACCCCUGAUGGGGAAGGCUAUCUGACAAUAACCACCCCUCGAGGCAAGGUCCGCGCUACCAAGAUAGUAUACGCAACAAACGCCUACACGUCAUCCCUGCUGCCCGAGUUUGUCGACAAGAUUGUACCUGUCCGUGGAAUCUGCAGUCACAUCACGCCCGGCAAAACCCCUGCUCCUCUACUGCCCACUUCAUACAUUAUUCGGUGGUCAGACAACGAGUAUGAGUAUUUGAUUCCGAAGCUGGAUGGAAGUAUUGUUGUUGGCGGGGCGAGAGCAACUUACUACCACGAUUUGCCGUCCUGGUACAACAAUGUCAAUGACGAUCAGUUGAUCGAGGCUGCGAAAACGCACUUUGAUGGAUACAUGCAGCGUGUGUUCCAUGGAUGGGAAGACAGCGGCGCGCACACGUCCAAGGUGUGGACCGGAAGUGAGUCAACUCGCCCAAUCGAAUUUAGUCCGAAAGCAGAGACUGAUUAUGAACUAGUUAUGGGAUACUCAUCUGACGGGCUACCACAUGUUGGUGUCGUGCCUGGAAGACAGAACCAAUUCAUCAUUGCUGGUUUCACCGGACAUGGCAUGCCGCAGAUUUUCCUGACCGCGAAGGGAGUGGCAUCGAUGAUGGUGGCACAGUUGAGCUUCAAGGACACAGGCAUCCCGAGAGUCUAUGAGGCUACGCAACGAAGACUGGACAGCUCCACAAAUUCGAUACUCGAGAGCUGGAAGGCGGCCAAUGAAGGGCCAGCAGCAAAGCUGUAA